CCGCUAGUCGGUCAUUCACAACGCAAGAGACUCGAGCCGUCUCUACAGGUCUGUUGUCAGCGGAGAAUAUCUCAGGAAUCGGACUCUACUCCUUUAACCAAAGAUGAAGCGAGGGAUACUCCUAGUUCUGUUUUGCGGAUUUUUAUCAUACUCCUAUGGACAAGGACCGGAAGGCACACAAGUUGUGCAGGUUCCAGCGGGCACACUCUACGAUCUCGUUUGCCCUGUCCCAUGGAAUGUGGGAGACAGAGUCACGUGGUAUAAAAAUGGCGACAUUAUAUCCGAUGCGACCUUUUCUAAUUUGAUUAUAUACGAUAAUUUUAUCGGAUUUCCAAGUAUUAGCGAGUCUGAUAGUGGGGAAUACACAUGUGCAGUUAAUGAUGACUUUACGACUGCGCAAUCAACUAUUAUAAACGUUAUUGGCACCCAAGGUCCGGGCUCUGCUGGCCCCGGUCAAGGGGGAAAUUUUGACAACAUGGCAAACGAUCCAUCUUUACUGAUGGAACCAAAUCCAUCCGGAGGACUUUUACCCCCCAACCCCCCGCCAAAGCCCAAGAAGAGGAAGCAGGGUCUUCUGGACAUGGUUGAUACUCCUCCAAGGCCGGUGGAAGUGUUGAAUAACGAACCACCAGUCGAUCUAAUCGAGCAACCCAUAGGAUUACAGGAACAACCCAUAGGAUUACAGGAACAACCUAUCGGAUUUCUGGAUCAGCCCAUGGAGAUCCCAAACCAACCUAUGGGACCAACUAACCAAGAAAUGGCAGCGAUAGACCAAUCUAUGGGACCAGCAAUCCAAGAUACUAUGGGACAAAUGGAGAUCCCUGUGGAGCCAGUGGAACAGAUUGGCGGAUUUCUAGAUCCACCACCGGCAGUUCAAAGAGGAAGUAACCCCCAGUUUUCAUUGGCUGGAUCGGAAGUUGUUAAAGAAUGGCUUCCUUCUAAUUUUGCUGAUAACAUACCUUCCUUCGACUCAAACCGAAUGGUAGAACCCGCACCUGGUACCCAGUCUAAAUCAGUAAAUCAAAUUUUCAACUCUAAUUUGGGCUCUGUUCAGGUUGGCGAUGCUGGCAUGGGAAAUGUCCCCUCAAUGGGAAUGUCUAUCCCAAGACAACCGAUAGUUGACUCGCAGUUCCGGGUGCCUGACAAUAUGAAUAUGGACCCUAUGGAUAAUGCUGGUGUUCUAGAUUUCCAGGAGUUUGGAAACGCUAUCGACCUCAAAUCAACGGCUGACAAAGGCGCGGAAAUGCUUGAUAUGGCAAUGGGCAUAGUAGAUAGAGAUCCCAAUGUAAUUCCAGGGAGCCAAAGAAACGAGAAAGAAUAUACAUUUUUUCACGAAACUCAGUGCCGCAUGAGAGCCCAUUUUACAGCCGCAGGAAAGAUGGACGAAACAACGUAUGAAGAAUACCUUAAUGGAAAGUGGGAACAAAGGCUCUGUGCUCCUGGUUCCGGUUACAACGUCACAACUUGCGGCUGCACCAAUAUGCUGCCAGUUGGAUAUAAUGCGGGCAGAAUGAGGGACGGAGUCUGUACACCAGACAUCUCUCUUAGUUUCCAAGGGGGCGUGCGUGACACUUCCGGUAACGGGGCCGCGGUCGAUUACUACGGUGUUGACGUAGCCGAUGGCACGGCGUACUUUGACGGAAGCAACCGUUUGUACAUUUGGCGAUACCAAAGUUACGACUACAGGGAUAAGUUACAGAUCAGCUUUAAAUUUAAGCCCAAGCCUGGCCCCAGAGCAGAGCCCUACACACUGGUCAGCAACUGUGAGGGGGAAGAUGAACCAUCAUAUGGCAUCGUUCUGAACAGCUUCUCCAACAUCACGACCAUCUUCUUAAAGACAUACGAAAUUGAAAGUCAACGUUUCAUGACCUUUGACAUUAACCCCACCCAAUGGAACGAUGUAUAUUUUAGGUACGAAAAUGGUACAAUGAUAGGACGAGUGAACAAUGAAAUCAAAACUAGACCUCUGACAGGAAUCAUCCAGAAAAGACCGGAUGCCAUGGUGUUUGCCAAUUGUAAGCGAUAUGGAAAUUUCAAAGGACAGCUAAAAGAUAUCGUAGUUUACACAAAAUGUUUACCUCGUUAUGAAAGACCAGUAGAAAGAUACCUAAGUGGGGCGGGGCUUUAAUUGACCACCAUUAAAUCUUAAUAAAGACUAUUGGAUGACAGUUUUUCAGUUUUUGUGCGAUUAGUUGAAAAUGUUGUGCAAUGGAAAAGAAGAAAUACAAUCCUGAAGUAGACAUUAGAAUUAAACUUGAGUCGAAUAAUUUCAGUUUUAAAGACGAAGUAUACUUGAUAUAAAGAUUAAUUGUAAUGACAAAAGUUUAAGCGUUAAUUGCCUUCCUCGGACGAACUUAUAAUAAGUUUUGCCAAUUUAAGUGAAACAUUACUUUUUUGGUCCCUAAUACGCACGCGUAAUAUGUUAAUUAAUGUCUUUCGUUAAUGUCGCUGUCACAAAAACCCUCUGUAUUCUGUGUGUAUUGUAUUCUACCACACUCUCUGAAUUGCAUCACAAUCACCUCAUUCUAGCGAAUAACAUUAUUGUAACAGUAACUUAUCAUUAUUUCUUUGAUUAUUUCUUUGUCAUUUUUUUGUAUGCAUGGUUUACGAGUUUUUAUAUAACGAUAUCAUUGCAUCAACAGUUCAUGAAAUGUCCAAUGCAGUAUCGCCUUGGUAACGACGCCAAGGGUUAUUUUAACUAAGGUGUAACUCAUGUGAUGUUUUGUACAUAUAUUUAUUGAAAAAUAAACUAAAUGAACAAUGUUA